GACAGGGUUUGUAGCAGACAAAGGUCUCGCCACAGCCACAGGUUCACAUCACUCAAGUGACAACAUCCACCAGAACAGCAUCGAGGAUGAGUAUGGGGAAGUUGGACGGAAGGGGCAUGUGGAACUCCUUACUUCUGCUCUCGACUCUCUUUGCCACCUGCUACAGUCAGAACAUUCCAGUCAUUACAACAUCUAUAGUGACUCUGUCUGAGGAUCUAUCUCCAGGAUAUUUUGCAUUCAAAAUCCAGGCAUAUGAUCCAGACAAUGACCCUUUGACCUAUGCAAUCACAGAGGACAACGGUAUUUUCUCUGUAAACGCAAAUACCGGUGACGUCUACCUCAGAACUAAACUCGACCGAGAGACCAACCAUCUCUUUACUGUACUAGCUUCUGUUUCAGAUGGGAUACUUGAACCGACCAAAAGGCGUAUUAACAUCGUUGUGAAUGACACAAAUGACAACAAGCCAACGUUCAUAAAUGGGCCGUACAACAUAAACAUUCCAGAGAACACCGCUGUGGGCACUACAGUGUUUGUUGUGACAGCCACAGAUCCUGAUGAGGGACCAGCCGGGAUGGUCUCAUACAAAAUCGAUAAGUCCAUCCCGGUUGAAGGACUCAAUGUGUUCUCCAUCUCAAGAAAAGGAGAUGUUGUGUUGAAGGAGGCGCUUAAUUUCACAGAGAAGAGCCCGUUUUAUCAGCUACAGAUCAAAGCGACGGAUGGCGGAGGACCAUAUUUGGGCAAUCCCAACUUUGUUCAGUGGGCUGUCGCAACUGCCUUCAUUACAGUAGUUGAUAUACCAGAUCUCAAUCCUCAGUUCUUAAAUCUCCCAAACACAGCUAGAGUGAUGGAGCACUCAAGUGUGGGGACGUCCGUGUUUACGGUCGUGGCCAGAGAUCCAGACACGGGGAUCAAUGACAUCAUCAGUUAUACCAUUGAAGACAGCAGUGUAAACGGUCUGUUCCAAAUCGAGUCGGAUACUGGCAUUGUUAGGGUCAUGCGCGACAUUGACCGCGAGGCCUUAAUGGGCAUUAAAGCUAUUGUGCAGCUCACUGUGAAGGCCACUGAAGCUAAUCUGAACGUGAACGGCAUUCACGCGAGCACCACAUCGAUGCUCGGUAUCCAUAUUGACAAGGAGAACGUCAAGCCGCCGCUGUUUUACAAGUGCAUAGAAACAAGAGACUUCAGCGGUGAAGUGGAUGAGCAUGCAUCCGUCGGUCUGUCCAUCACAGGGUUAAACAUGAGGGUCAAAGAUGCAGAUGCGGGCGAGAACAGCCGUUUCCAGCUCCACCUCGAAGGAACAGAUAAAGACGCCUUUUCUGUCUCACCCAAAAACGACAUGUCAGACGGAGACGUGCAGAUCCUGAUCAAAGACCCAGCCGCCAUUGACUACGAGAAAAAACAAACCAUGAUUGUGCAGGUGGUGGCCACAGAUGUCGGAGAACCUAGAUCUGUGUCUACAGCUACGGUCAGCAUUAAAAUCAAGGACAUCAAUGAUAACAUCCCAAAAUUUGGAAAAGACACAUCAGAGGAAAAUGAUAACUCUUCAUCUGUCGAAAACUAACCUAAUUAACAAAGCCAAUCCAAAAAUGUCCUAACUUCUAUUCUGUACUUAAGUUAAUGAAUGCAAGUGAACUAGCUUGCAAGUUUCUUUAGCUAGCUCAUGCUAAUUCAUACACGUGUCUAGCUACAUUGUAAACUUAAAUAUAACAUACGCAUGUGAGUAAGUGGCCAUGAUUUAAAUAAGAGAUUUGCUGGAAACAUUAUAAUAAUAAUUUAAAAAAAAAAUAUUUUUAUUAUUGUUGGUGUUGGUGUUAUAUCUUAUGCUGUACCAUGUUGUACAACAGCUCCAGACUUUUUAUCCAUUUACAGCUACAUUUAAUGUUCUCUGGAACGAGGUUUUGUUUUCACUUACAUUAUAAACAGUCAAACUUAUAAAAGUUCAAGCUUUACCUCUGACUCUAUAUAGUUAGUUGCCCCCUGAAUAGUCAGAAAUUAUUGUUUUAAAUAAACAUUGAUGUUUAUUGUAUUUAAUAAAAAUAUCGGUCCAUUUUUUUCCCCAUAAAUACAUAAAUACAUAUAUAUUUUUCAGACAUCUAUGUAUCAGAAAUAUAUCUAUUUAGUGUAUUUGUGGAGCAUGAAAUAAAUGUAAACAAUUCUUGGAAUUUUGAUUGCUUUCAAUUAAAAGGAACAUUGAUAGA